AUGCAUAUUAACCUUUCAAGAGAAAUAGAGAUAGAACUCAUAACAAACAAUAGAUAUAAUGUUUUAGAUGACGAUUCUGUCAAAUUUGCAACUAUGAUUAACAAUCUAAUUAGCAUUAAUUCAAAGGAUCUGAAACCAAAAAAUACAAAGAAUAAUAACAAAGAGAAUAUAAAUAAUACAAGCAAAAUUAAUUACAAUAAAACUUUGAAUGUUCAAAAAGAUAAAAUUACUAACUUAGAAGCUAAUAGAAAUGUUAUUA